AUGUUGUAUCAUUCAAGAUCAAAUUCAUUACAUUCAAUUGUAGAAAUGAUUCUUUCAUUAUUAUUACUAAUGAUCUAUGGAAUCAUGAUCAUUUAUAGUAAACCAUUAGAUAUUGAAUCAGAUACACCAUUAACUAUAAGUUUUAAUCCCUCGUCUAAUCAAGUACAAUUAAAUCAACCAUUAAUAAUACGUUGUGAAGUUCAUUCAUUCAAUAAUAAACAAUUAGAAGUCAAUAAUAAUAAUAAUAAUAAUAUACUUAAUGGUUAUAGUAUGUUCUUUCAAUGUCCUAUAGCCCCAUGGGGUAAAUUUUGUUUUCAUAAUUGUCAAUCUGCAUGUGUCGGCGAAAUACCUAAUCAAUGUCCAUAUGAUAAUGAAUUAAGUCUUAUUAAAUGUCGUACUGCUAUGACUGAACAAGGUUAUUUAUUUUAUGAAUAUACAAUACCAAAUCUAACUGAAACAUGGUUAGGCUUAAACCAUAAUAAUAAUAAUAAUAACACUUCAAUGGAUAAGGAUAAUCAUCAUCAUAAUAAAAUAGAAGGUUUCUCAUGUAAAACAGCUGGAUUACAAACACCGAAAAUUCCUUUAACUAUAGUUAAACCCAAUGAUAUUCAAUUGAAUACAAUGGAUCUAUCAAAGACUAAAACAUCAUCAUCAUCAUCAUCAUCAUCUAAUUCUCAUUCAAUGAUAUCUCAUUUCAAUAAAACUAUAUCUAAUGAAUAUAAUACACAGAAAGAUGAAUCUAAUCCAUUGAAUAAUGGAAUGAAUCAAUCGAUUAAACGAAUCAAUUCUGAACUUAAAGGUAAGUCUAUAAUCAUUCUUUCCUUUUUCUUAUCAUUGUUACUUCCAUGUACCUAAAUAAAUGGUUACUCUGGUUGUCAGAAUGGGCAUUGGCAUCGUGAAUUCUGAAGGAAUUCGGCUUUUAUCAUGAGGCGUCAUAACUCUUCUAAAUGAAGACCUUUUAACUCCCAGUGUUUUUUUAGCGAGUUAGUUUUCUACGGAAUGGGAUCGCGAACGCCAUGCCCAACCCUCCUCCUUUAUUCGUGAUUGGGACCGGCAGUAGCCCCCGGAGUGACUCCAGGCGGAGUUCCUUAUCAUUGUUAUUAUCAUUAUUAUACAUAUAUUAAUGACCAAACCAAUCGAAUUCUAACUUUUCUUCCCAUCAUAUCACUUACUUACUUACUCAAUCACUCACUCGCUCACUCGUUCGCUUACUUACUUACUUAAGCCUGUUACUACCAGUGGAGUACAGACCGCCGACCAGCAUUCUUCAACCCACUCUUUUCUGAACCUUCCUUUCUAGUUCCAUCCAAUCGUUGUUCAUUCCUCUAAUGUCUGUCUCUAUUUAUACUUGUUUAUUAACAAGCAUACACGUUGUAAAAUAUGAAUUACAUUAAAGAUUCUAUCAUGAUUAUCAUACAUUUCUAGAUGGAAUUCUUAAAGUCUUAUGAUAAAGUUAUGAGUAGUAUACUUUAAUUAUAUUGAGACUAUAAAAAUAAUCUUAAUGAAUGAUCAGUGAUUAUCCUCUUAUUAUUAUUAUUAUCCUUGAAAAUAUAUGUGUAAUUCAGUUGUAUCCAUGUGGUUUCAUGUUUAUGUUUUGCUGAAGAUCAAUUAUUUUACUAGAAAAUCUCUUAAAGAAUUUCCUAAAUUUUCUUAUGAUGAGAGUAAAUUUUGAUACGAAAUUAUAUUUACUACUGAAAUGUAUCUUCAGUUGUAAAUGUUCAUCGAGUGAGAUGGCUAGACCGCGUGGUUGUAUACACCUGAUGAAAUAUUCUAAUUUAUGGCUGCGAACCGUGCCCUUUACGAGUAGUAGAUACUCGUAAGCUACUAGUGUUUGACCAAAGAUAUCUUUGAAAUGUUGCUCACAUCUGCUGGAAUCAUCGAAUUAAUAAUUGGGAGGUUAGACACAGAGUAUUAGAGAAUAAUGAUAAAUCAAUUGAUGAGGUCGUAAGUCUUCAUCGACUGAGAUGGUUGGGCCACGUGUUACGCAUGCCUGAACACCGAUUAACACGACGCCCGAUGGUGACUAGUUUAAAGGAUGGUUGGAAAGCAGUUAGGGGCGGCCAAACCAAAACGUGGCAUCAGUGCUUGAAGUCACCAACUUUUAGUUUGAGCGAUGUUGGUAGAUGCAGACUACUUGGUUGGUGUUCGCGUGACUAUCCUGACCAAUUAUUGGAGACUCUUGGUGACAUGGCUCAGAAUCGAUCACAAUGGUGUAGUUGUAUACACUUUCUAUCUUCCUUCAAACUAUGAGAUUAAAAUCGCUUUAUAUCUUUCUUUCUACGAACAAAUUCUUUCUUCCUGUACUAUAUUCUUAUGUGCAAUUAUUCUUUUAUAUAUUUCCACCAUUGAAUUAACUACUUUUAUGAAUUUGGUGUUCAUGUUGUUGUGCUAAUGCGGUAUGGCAACUUGGAUCGAUGCAUAUAUAUGCCUGGUCCUACAUUUUAGUUGACUGUCUAAUUGACUGAAAUGUAUCAAAUAAAUAUAAGUGUACACAAGUAUAUAAUUGGUAAUCAUGGACCUCUAGAUAGUUUUCUUGUUUCUAUUUACACUUCAUUUCUUGAUCAUUUAAAAGUUACCCCUAACAUGAACUGAUCAUGUUUAAUGAUCAUAGUCAACAUAAUUCUCAUUAAUGAACAGAUCAAUUGACAAUCAAUAAUAUUUUCUGGAUUCAAUCCAUGUUUACCUAAUCAUCUUUCAACUUUCUUCAUUGAAUAUUCAAACAUUUCAGUGCGUUAAUCUUGAUC